CAGGCACGUGUUUACAAGUGCGUGCACUGUGCCUGUGCAACCGUUAUGUUAUAGCGUCAUUAUAGCGUCCUCGAGUAACGUACGAUCAGAUUUUUGUGAAUUAAAUGGGACGUCGUCGUGCUGUUCGCGGUUCGCCAUUUUUGUAUUUGAUUUCUUUGUCUUCGUCGUAUUUCUGCUUGCGUCUUCUGGUCGACGCGUUUCAAGUUUCUUCAGGCCGUAUCAUCAUCGAUUCAGAUCAUAAUUUUUGAAGGUUGGUACUUAACUCUGAACUAAUAAAUGGCGGAAAUACCUGAAACUAUUGAUGUGGAAAGUAUCAUAGGUAGCUUUAAUAAGAUUUCUAUCGAAGGAUCGCCCAUUUCAUACAUCACACGAAAAAUUAAUGGAGAAGAAUUAAAAUUUGUGUCCGUGUUGAUGGCAGAAACUCUUUUACUUGGGCGCUAUUUACGCUAUUUUAAUCCAGAUAUAUUUUGUCAUUGUAUAUCUGUGAAAGGUUACUAUAUUACCGAUGCUGAAGCAAAAGUAUUAAACUAUAUCAAUGUACAGUGUUCAAGUACCAUGAAUGGAAACCAUGAAUUCAUUGCUGGAAAAGAUUGUAUUGUGCGUUUAGAAGAUGUUCAAGAGUUUCAUACAUUUUUAAACGUAUGUUACAAUAAGAUGGAGUCGAAUAUUAAUGACCAAGAAAUACAAUUUGAAAAGCAAUUUGGUUAUAUAAGAUUCGAAUCAUAUGUUAUUCCAUACUUUACUAAAGAGGGCGAAAAAUAUCUUCCACUUUUAUUUUUUGAAAAAACAACAGAUGACCUAUUGUUAGGAGCUAUGGAACUUAAAAAUUGGGAUUUGGCAUAUCUUAAGUUUUGUUGCCAUAUUAUGGGAGUUUAUGAUGAUUUAUAUAAUUUUGAUUUUUGUACUGUAGUCAGAUUCAAUAAUUUGAAGAACUAUUUUCCACCUGAUACAAUUUUUGAAGAAUUUUGGCCGAAAAAUUUGUUUUUUGAUUCAAGUAUAAUCAAUUAUUCUGAACAUCUACAUGAACCAAAUUUCUGGAUUACAGAAUACUUGGGUUCUUCAAUUAUGUCACAAGAAAGUUUACCUGCCAAUAAUGCGAAUCAAGUUCAAAUAAACCAUUCAGAACCUAACUCGUUGAUCAAACAUAGCCAUUCAAAGCAGUGAUAUGAAUAGCAGAAGACCGGAUCAAUUGACUGGUUGAUGAGUACACACAUUUUAAUACUAAUAUAAACAUUAUAUACACUGGUUUUUAUUUAUUGUAUUUUUAAUUAUUUUAAAUAGUACUUAAUCAAUAAAAGACCAUUUAAAAUAUUUCUUAUAUGA